AUGCCCCAGCAGUAUGCCAACUUGUCCAAGAAUAGCACAGUGCCCGAUGUGGCCGGUGGAAUUCUGUGGCCGGACGAGGUGAACAAAGUAUUCUGGCUUUACGGGGGCGAAUUUUCAACUGCGCCCAGUCCAUUCCAGCUCUGGGGAUAUGACGUGUUAUUGAAUCAAUGGAAUCUGUCCUCAGCAUCGACACCAUCAAGUCAGCCAGUGAAACGAGUUUCAUAUGGCGCAGGCACAUCUCUUGGGAAGAAUGGAUACUACUAUGGCGGAUACCUCAAUAACCUGACGAACCCCUUGUGGGGUGCCGAACCUCUCGCGACCAGCAACUUGAUCAUCUUUGAUAUGGACGGCAACACCUUGACCAACAACACAGGACCCGAUAGCACCGGACGGGCUGAGGGAGUGAUGGUUUCCAUACCAGCUUCGGCAGGAGGAAUGCUCAUUCAUUUCGGAGGUGUGUCUUAUCCAUAUGGCAACUCGACCGAGGUUCCAAUGGAGAUGACUGACAUCAUGUUGUAUGAUGUGGGGGAUAGUAAAUGGUACACACAAAAAGCCUCUGGCCAAAUUCCUCCAAAUCGUCGGAAGUUCUGCGCUGGCUCGACAUGGGCUAAAGAUCAAUCGUCGUACAACAUCUAUAUCUACGGAGGGUUCGGCUUUGGGGAGAACAUCACUGGUUUCGACGAUGUCUGGAUCCUAACGCUACCAACCUUUGAGUGGAUCAAGUGGUAUCCUGAAGCUCCAGGGGCUUCAGCACCACACGGAUUGCUGACCUGCAAUGUUAUUGAGAAUGCUCAAAUGAUGGUCAUGGGCGGUAAUUUCACCAAUUCCACUGCUUGCGAUGUCCCUACACUCGGCGGUCAACACAAUCUCAAUCUUGGCCAAGUGAAUGUUGAGAGUUCGAAAUGGUACCAGUACUUACCGAAUCUCACAGACUAUUCCGUUCCUCCUGCUAUUGUCUCAAUUGCGGGUGGGACAUCUAGUGGAGGUGCAAUCAACCUAGCGCCUGCCGAUGGAUGGAGUGACGCAGCUUUGUCUGUAUACUUCGGGCAGAAAGCACAAUUUGCAGAGCGAACGCCGACUCGCUACAUUCCAGCAGCAGCCUCAGCCACUGUCGCAACAACUCCCGCUGCCGCUCCGAACGGCAAGUCCAAUGUUGGAACAAUCGUAGGGGCUGUUAUAGGAGCGGCGGCCCUUUUGGCCAUCAUCGGAGUUGCAUUGUUCUUUUAUCUUCGACGGCGAAAGGCAGCCACCGGAGACAGGCUGAAUAGCACAACCGGGCAAACUCGUGAUGGAAGUACAGUGCACGAAGUAUCAGCAAGCCCAACUGGCGAUGUAAAACUCACCAUGAUCAAUACCGGCUUGGGCUCCCCAAUAAGCUCUAACUCUCAUGCCUCAACACCUUAUAGUGCGGCUUUACCCGGUCAGCCAAUGCCAUAUGGACCAUACCAACAAUCGCCGUACCAUCCCAACCAACCGCAACCAUUCUAUCCAGUAGCCAUGCACCAACCCGGGUACGGUUACCAACCAUUUCCCACGAAUGUCUCACCACCCGGGGGGAUGUAUACACAACAACAAUACUUUCCUCCACAAGAGCUACCGCAAUCGUCGCCGCCCUCGUCGCCGCCAGUUUCACACGAGAUGCCCGCUCCUGGUCUGCACCAUGUCAGCUCGGGCAAGCCCCAGAGGGUCGAAUCCCUCGAGUUUCCGUCUGACCACAAGUAUUCACUGUCGCAGUCGGUGUCGCAAUCGCAGGUCACGGAUCGGUCUUCGCAGAAACUCGCUUAG